AUGGGGAUGGAAACCUCCUGCUGGUUACCACCAGGUCAGUGUUUUAAAUCCACAACACAGAAGACCCACCUUCUGAAGACAACCUUAAAAAACCAAUGGACACAAGAGACAAGCAACAGGGUGACUUUGCGUGCCAUGGAUGGAGGCAGAAUUCUUGAUCCUGACAACUCAUCCCAAUUGAUUGCCCCAGUGGAGUCUCUGUGUCCUUUGCAUGAAAACUACAAACACAUCUUGUUACCCAUGAUUUACAGCGUAGUAGUCAUUCUGGGCUUGCUAUCCAAUGGGACAGUGCUGUGGUUAUCUUGCUGUCAGACUAAGACAUGGAGCUGCACCAUCAUUUAUUUGACUAACCUGGCAGUCGCAGACCUGCUGCAUGUCCUUUCUCUCCCCUUGUUGAUCGUGAACUACACCUGGAAGGACAAGUGGCCCUUCGGAGACUUCCUCUGCAAACAAGUCCGCUUCUGUUUCUAUGCCAAUAUGUAUGGGAGCAUUAUGUUCCUGACUUGUACCAGCGUCCACUGCUACUUGGGCCUUUGUUUCCCUAUGAAAUCUCUGAGGUGGAGGACUUGGAAACUAGCUAUCGUGGGCAGCAUUGCUGCUUGGUUUAUAGUCAUAAUGGAAGCGUUACCCACCUCUAUCAAUGCACAGGCAGGGGGAAUGCGCAACCGGGCCAUCUGUUUUGACCUGACAGGUCCUGAGAAUUUCUUCAGCUAUUUCCCCUAUGGGGUAACAUUAACUGUGACGGGCUUUGUUAUGCCUUUUACAAUAAUAACCUUGUGCUACUGCUCCAUUCUGAAGACACUCAUUACAUGUGGAGACAACCCUCUAGUGGGGAAACCAGCAAGGACCAAGUUGAUCUGCACCAUUCUGGCCGUCUGUGCUCUGCUGGUGGUUUGUUUGGUGCCAUUUCACAUCACACACAUAAUUUACCUCUUCAUUCAGGCCUAUAUGGUCCGAAACUGCACCACGCUGCAGUCUGUCAGUGUUCUUUACCAAGUCUGCAGAUGCCUCAUCAGCUUCGACAGCUGCAUCAACCCUAUUCUGUACUUACUCUGCGGGAGGAAAUCUUGCAGCUGGCUGCUCAGGAAAAAAAAAGUUGCUCCAGCCUUUAGAAGUCAAUGUCCAGCUGGAGGACAUGCAGCUCCGCCCCGCCCCUUGGCAUUGACCUGGAUCCCUGGUUAA